GCACCGACAUAGUGUCUACCUCUUGAAGACUUUACCACAGUUCACUUCAUCUUCAUCAGAAAGAAUGGCUCCCCCAGCUGGAGACGACGCCGCGCGAAGUCGGCGGUGGGCGCAUAACAGGCGAAGAUGGGAUAGGUUGCAGGAGAAGCACGGACACCAAUACGACUCGAAGAAGAAUAUGGGCAAAACCGAAUUUCUUGGAAGUUUAGCGAAGCAUGAGAAAUUCAUCAGGAAAACAGAGAAAGGAGGAGGUUCGUCGUCUUCAGUAGCCAAAAAAGCCACUGGUAAGAGACAAGUGGUGAAGAAAACUUCUUCUAUCAAAAAGUCAAGAACAUCAAACAAGGCAACGAACGGUGACAAGAAGGACGAAGCACAUCAUGGCUUUCAGCAGGAUGACGCUGAGGUGGGAUUCGAGAAGACCUCCAAAAGAAAAGCCGCCAGAGCUAGCAAACAGCCCAAGCAAUCGGCGUCUGAAAAGUUAGAAGCCUUAAAAGAACGAACUCGCGACCCACUCGCCGGUUUGCGCACGGUCAAGCAGGUAGGACAAGACGUGUCACGAAAAGACGUUCGAAAGAAUCGCAAACGGUGGUUGCGCGAAAUCGGAGUCGUGUCGACUGAAGACUUCAGCAAGCAGCCUUUACACACGCAAAAAGGUACCUUUGUCAUGGAAGGCAGUCUGAUGGACAGGAUUCAGCGACAAGCAAGGGAGGAGGUGAAGAUGAAUACCAAUCACUUGACGUGGAAGGAUCGGGGAAAUGGUGCAGAUGGGGACAACGACCAU